GAUGUCCUUAUCUAAUGGAUAGAAGCGUCUAUUCUGGGUAGAUGUCUCUCCAAGAUCUUUUGUACUAAAGUUCUAAAUGUGACGCUUCAUUUUAGCCACUUUUAUUCACCCUUAUCCAUUAGACAUUGUAUUUUCUUUUUAAUUAUAAUCACCUCAUAAUAGUCAUGUUCAAAGAAUGAGUCCGUAUUACGUAAAUAAAUACAUCAAUGCUAAAUAAAACAAGCAUAAAUAGCGGAAAGAACUCUGCACAAACCAUAUACUAAACACAGACGUCAUGUUAGUGAAAUAACAAGAAUGUAUAAUUAUUAAUAUGAGAAAUAAUGAGCAACAUUCGUUAAUGUAUCUUUUAAGCUUCAAUAAAAACAUUACCCCCUUUUGUGCUAUUAAAGAAGCUUGCUAUUUCUUCACUCGUCUCAUAUAUCAACUCCUGAAACUCUCUUUGGCUAGUUUUUUGGUCUCACUUUGAUUUGAACUCUGAAAUUAGUAAUAAGCAACUAGAGCACAGCUCGUGGCAAAACGACGAGUAAGUCUUCCGUUGUUGCUGGAUGUUGAAAAUAUAUAUGAUAUGGUGUCAAACGAUUAUAAUGACUAAACAUUCAGUUCUGCUUUUGUUAUAAAAACGUGUUGUGAUUUAAAGCCAGUGUAUAAAACGUGUUUUGCAAAAGACAUGAAGAAAAUGUUUUAGGAAAACUAUUUAUCGAACACAGUUUCUGUAAUCGUUUCAAUAAUUCUUUAAACAAUGAGAUGUUUAUUGGCGAGUUAAAUUUUCGUUAAAACAGUAUGUACUCAUGAUUCAGGACAGGAAUUGUAUUUUUUUAAACACCGAACCCGCCUACAAAACACAUAACCUUUUCUCUAAGAUUACUUCUUUAUUUAAAUCUUCCAGAAUUUUUGAAGACUACGUGUAAGUUUAGAAUUCCCGAUUUUCGAUAGUCAAAUCAUGCAAGAGUUAUCCUUUGUGAGUGCAGGUAUUGUUUACUUCCGGUUAUAAACAAUAACAUGGGGAAAAAUUACUGUGCCGUUAAAGACUGUCACAAUGUCUCUGGGCGUAUUGGUAGAUUUGGUAAAUCGGUAAAACUGCAUGAAUUACUAAAGAAACAACACCUUCGCACUGCGUGGCUUAGAGCUAUAAGCCGUAAACACUUUAAUCCCAAGCGAACUCAGGUGUGUUCUGACCACUUCCCUGAAGGAAAUGGAAGGACUUGGAACAAUCAAGUUCCAACCCUUUUCCUUCCUCACAAGACAGUGAAAUCAGUUAAAGUAAGACUGUUAACGAACAGUAAUAAGAUGAACAUAGAAAGCCCAGCCCAGGCAGUAGAUGUUAAUGACAACAAUUAUUCUGUACAUCAAAUAGUGCAAGAACCAUCCCCCCAACAUCGAAAUUUAGAUAUCGAUCCUACUGAUAGCAAAGCUAGCAAGGAUAUUCUGCCAUCCUCUUUAGACAACUUCUCGAACUGUGAACUCCCAGGGAUAACCAUUGACGAUAUUAAGGACAAUAAUGACAAAAUGUUGUUUUAUACUGGACUCCCUGAUUAUGGCACAUACAACGCAUUAUUUGAAAGCCUAAUACAACAAGGAGCAGACAAGCUUGUGUUGGAUUCUUCAGCUAUGAAAACAGAAACUGAUGCAAAGAAAGGGGGAGCCAAAAGGAAGCUUAGAAUUGAGGAUAUGCUGCACUGCUUUUAGACAAAUCCUUGGCAUUCCCUCUUCAACAUUUUACGCAGUCCGAAAAAUGUUUUUGAGUACGUAUAAACAAGUUGUUUUUUAUGAAAUGCAUGGUUUUUAAUUAAAUUGAUCUC